CUCCAAACACCCCAAGAGGCAAGAGGCAAGAGCGAGAUGAUCCGCUCACCACACGCCGCGAAUUCCCUGCAACUUUUGCUUGUCUUCCUGCUGGCGACGACGACGCUACUGACAUCGGCGAAGGAUUUGGCUGCGCCAAGAAGGCAAGAAGGGCAUGGCCGGGUGGUUCCAUCAACGGCCACCCUCGCCGGUUGCCAGAGCUCAUGCGGCGAUCUGACCUUCGUGUACCCCUUCGGCAUCGGCUCCGGCUGCUUCCGAAGUCCCGACUUCGAGCUCACCUGCGACUCCACCACAAGCCCUCCGAGACUCCUCUUCCACGAUGGUAUCACCCAAAUUGCUGGUAGUAUUAACAUCGUUUCUACAGAGUUUAUGGACACAGAUAACAGUGUUAGCACCCGCUUUUCUCAUACCAUCUCCAUGAGAAAUGCAUCCGUUGUGAGCUGGUCGUUAUCUCCAAAAUUGCUUGAACAUUCUCUUGAUGCUUUUUACCUGACGCUGUGGGGACUACGUUUCUCCGGCUGUGACUUUGAUGUUUAUUGGUUAAAUCGUCCAUCAAUCAACAAAGCAACUCCCAACUGCACAGCAACCUGUCCUAAAGGAGAGAGCACGGGUAUGGUGUCUCCUAUGCAGCAUUGCAACGGCACAGGAUGUUGCACUAUCGACUUUGGUGCCGAGAUCAAUGCUUAUUCAUCUACUAUCGAAUUUAAAUUCGUCCGCCAAGCAGAAACCAAUCUAGAAUCGUACCAUAACCGAAGCUUGUCAUGGGAUACGAUCUAUAUCACUGAUCCUGCUUCGCGUGGUCUCAGUUGGAAGAUCCCUGAUCAACCAGACUGCGCAAGCGCCCGUAAAAACCAGACGAGCUAUGCUUGUGUUAGCAACAAGAGCAUUUGCAUCGACCCAGACGACGUCAAACAAGGCUACAACUGCAUGUGCCGUAAUGGCUACAUAGGCAAUCCUUAUAUUUUGGAUGGCUGUUCACCGAAUAAUGAGUAUAACCCAUUACAACGGAAAAUGAAUUGUAUCCGCCAGUGCGGGAAUAUCAGCGUUCCAUUCCCGUUUGGCUUGGAAGAAGGUUGUUUUGCAACAAAAGGAUUUUACCUCAACUGCACAAAUUCGACAUCAUCAACCCUCCUAUUGGAAGCUAGCCAGCAUCAAGUGACAAAACAUAUACGUGGACAACGGGACUCUUGAAUACAUUGACCAGGGAGCUUAUUAUUAUGAACCGGGGCUACAAAGUUUCUAUUUUCAGGUUGGGACACCAAUUGUUUCUGUCCUAUGGGUUGCUGCUCAUCUAACAUGUCAAGAUGCAAAACGAAACAGCUCUGGAUAUGCCUGCAUAAGCACCAACAGCGAGUGUAUAACAAGCAAACCUACUGAUACGUUUGUUGGUUACCGAUGCAAAUGUGCACAGGGAUACCAAGGAAAUCCAUACAUAACAAAUGGUUGUGUCGGUACGUACUCCCUGUCUCAAGUAAACAUUAAUUGUAAAUGCACUUCAUAGGACAUUGUCAUUUUAUCCAUGAACUUCUACCGGGAAAAAGUUAAGAUCGACACCAUUAAAAUGUUCCCGUUCUGAUUUAAGGUUAAGUGAAGUAGGAUUGGGCAGGGUCAUCUCAAGGAAGUUAAGGCUUAAUUUGGCAUGAAAUACAGAUAGGUCCUAAAAUUACAAGAACUGUAAUACUUUCAUUUAAUCACACAACUUCAUUUCCUACUAUACUAGGAAUGAAUGCAAUGUUAAGGUUAAAAAAAAUUAAAAGGUAGUACUCAAGCAGUAAUCCAACCUCAUGUUAUUUCUUUGAUUAAGAUUACUUAAGUAAGUGGAUUAGGAUUUGGGGCCAAUUUUAUAGGCCCCUAUGCGGUUGGUCAACUCGCCAUGCUAAUUGACGGUCCUAGGAGGAUUAAUGUGAAAUUUUAAUUAUAUUUUAAAGGGAUGGUCGUAGGUGGUGGUCAAACCACCGGUGACCGGCGGAUAUAGGUGGGUGACAAGACAAUAGCAAUGAUGUAGGAGUUGCAGGGAAGGGGGCAUUGGAUCUUGAGUGACUAGGUGGUGGGGUGGCUGCCAAAGAUGUGUAAGACGGAGGGGUGAGUGCACCUUGCUGCUCUCUAGAUUGGUUGUUGGGACCUCGCCGGCACUGACAAGGCUGGAGAGCCGUGCAUUGGGCAAGGGAGGUGGUGGUCUAGGCCAGCGGGCGAGGACCACGUCGUGUGCUGUGACGUAGUUGAUUUCUUACUAUAACCCUUAUUAUGGUAAUGAAAAUGAUUAGGGUUGGGUUCCUAAUUCUUUAUUUGAAAAGGAAGUACAAAAUAAAUAAGAGGUACUACCCAAUCACAAAGUAUCAUUAGUUCCAUUUGCUAGACUAUGAAUCUUAUAACUAUGAGGUCAUAAGUUCAAAUAUGUUAUUUUUAUUUUUGCAAAGAAGGUCGGAUUUGAGAUGAAAAAA